GCGUUUCCAUCUCUUGUCCUGCGUUCCGUGACCGUGAAGAAGCGAUCAUGGCGGCUGAGGGAGAUGUGGAUCUGGACCUGGAGGCUGAGGAGAACUGCACGGGGAAACCAACAGAAAAGCCCCGGAAACAUGAUAGUGGAGCUGCUGAUUUGGAAAGGGUUACUGACUAUGCGGAGGAAAAGGAAAUUUCCAGCUCGAAUCUGGAAACGGCAAUGUCAGUGAUUGGAGACAGAAGAUCCAGAGAACAAAAAGCAAAACAGGAAAGAGAAAAAGAACUAGCCAAAGUAACAAUAAAGAAGGAAGAUGUGGAGCUCAUUAUGGGCGAGAUGGAGAUUUCGCGAGCAGUGGCCGAGCGCAGUCUGCGAGAGCACAUGGGCAAUGUGGUGGAGGCACUGGUUGCACUGACCAACUGAGUGGACUUGACUGCUUUGAGAUGUUAUGGACACAUGGGACUGCCUUUUUCCUGCUUGUGAUGACCCUUUCCUUUUCUCACUGUACUUAUGCUGUAAUAAAGGAACCUUUUUUUAAACCAUCUUUAACAGUACAA